GUCACACGGAACAUUUUUACCGUCGGACCUAAACCAGUCUCCUACUGCUUCCGUUGUGCUGAAUUGCCCUUGGUCCCUACCGAUUUGAAGUAGUUGCCGGGGACAUGAUGUUAGCCGGUGUGCGGGCUGCCCGAAGCCUGUUGCGGGGAGUCUCUUCUCUCCGUGUACUCCCACAAAUGAGAUACGAAGGAACAACUACAGAGACAAAACCUACCAUUAGACCUGUAGACUCUGUGGCACAGAAUCAGCUUUCUGCUUUUGGUGAAUACGUGGCUGAGAUUUUACCAAAAUAUGUUCAGCAGGUCCAGGUAACCUGCUACGGAGAGCUGGAAGUUAUGAUUCAUCCAGAGGGAAUCAUACCCGUCCUCACAUUUCUUCGUGAUCACACUAAUGCACAGUUUAAAUCUUUAGCGGAUCUAACUGCCGUGGAUAUCCCGACAAGAGAUUAUCGUUUUGAGAUAGUCUACAAUCUCUUGUCUUUGCGCUAUAAUUCCCGUAUCCGCGUGAAGACUUACACAGAUGAGUUGUCUCCUAUUGAGUCUGCAGUAUCCAUUUUUGAAGCAGCAAACUGGUAUGAAAGAGAGGUGUGGGAUAUGUAUGGAGUAUUUUUUGCAAACCACCCUGAUCUGAGGAGAAUUCUAACAGACUACGGAUUUGAGGGCCACCCUUUUAGGAAGGACUUUCCCCUGUCUGGAUAUGUAGAGGUACGUUAUGACGAUGAGGUAAAGCGUGUGGUGGCAGAGCCAGUACAGCUGUCACAAGAGUUUCGGAAGUUUGACCUGAGUAGUCCAUGGGAAGCGUUUCCAGCUUAUCGACAGGCACCAGAAUCUCUGAAGAUUGAAUCCGGAGGCAAAGAUGAAGCCAAGUAAUGGGCUAUGUGAAGUUUAAUGUUAGUCUACUUAUGAUGCCCUAUUUAUGUAUAUAAAAUAAACGGCUUAUGUCUAA